AUGCGCCAAGCAUCGUCUGUCGAGGCCCGUGCCCACGUGCCGCAUGGAGCUGUGGAUGGACGCCGCCAGCCGGUGGGCAACACGCCGCACACACGCUUAAAACCUCCGCACGAUUUGUGCGCAGCAUACCUAGCAUAUAGGGCGCCUCGACAACAGGACGCCCAGGCUCGCUCUCUGAACCAGGGGCGCGGCCAUUCUGGUGCCAUGCCAUGCGGGCUCGAAAGUGUCGCCAAUGGGUGGGUGGGUGUCCACAAUAAUGCUGUCCUUCUCGAGGCGUUCGACACCGAGAGCCGCUAUCCCGGCACCGCACCGCACUGCUUGACGGUACGGUCCAACUUGAAGCUGACCAUCACUCUUGCACACUUGGUCUCAGCGCGCCAUGCGGUCGAGGCGCCACCUUGCACCUGGGCUCCGCUUCAGCUCCAGCUCGAACUCGGCCGGCUAACGUUCUCUCAUUCUCACUUUUACCCAGCAACUGCCGAGCAGCUUACUACUCCCCCCACCACUCCACCAAGUAUUAUCAUGAAGGUCUUCGGCUUCCUCGCUGCUGCUCUUGUCAUCGCCGUCGCUGCCGCCCAGGACGCCACCACCACGGCUUCGGCUGCCGCCUCGACGGCCGCCUCUGCUGCUGCCACCUCGACGGCCGCCUCGACUGCUACGUCGGCUGCCACGGACGCUGCUGCCACCACGACCGGCUCGGCCGCUGCCGGCUCCGCCGCCGUGGGCUCCACCACCGUCGGCACGACCUCGGGCUCCUCGGACGCUGCUGCCACCACUACGUCGGGCUCUAGCGCUACCCCCGCUUCGUCGGGCUCGUCGGACGCUACGACCUCGGGCUCCACGGACUCGUCGGCUGCUUCGGCCUCCGCUUCGGGCUCGUCGGGCGCCGCCUCGGUUGCUGCCGGCAGCGUUGCCGCUGUCACCGCCGCUGUUGUGACCUACUUCCUGUAG